UAGUGCUCCCUAACAACAGACAAAGCUUGACACAGUGGAUUCAGUCGAAGACGCUUAAAUAAAAGCGUUUCUCGGUCGCCCCUUCAAUGGGUCCGGACCCGCGGUCCCGGUGCAGAGAGUAGGCUGUGCGCGCAGACAUGUCGGCUCGCUCCGCUGCAGAGAUGGUCGACUUGCAGGAGCUGCCCGAGCUGCCGGCAAAGAAGCCGAGGCUGGAGGUCGACGGUGGACUGGAGAAGGAGCCCAGUAAUUUAGAUGAUGACGGGAGUCCAGCUGCGGCGCUGUGUUCCUCAGAGCAGGAGAGCUCGUACUCGGCCUUGUCCACAGCCCAGCUCGAGCCCAGUGAUCAGGAGCAGUCCGACGCCGACAGAGGAGCGGCGACGCAAGCAUGCGGCAACGCCAUGAACUCGUACGCUCACUCUGCUGCAGACUCGACGGGGACAUCCGAAUACACCCAACAGGUCUAUCAAGGAAGCAACCCGGCAGUGACGUUGUACGCCGGCCAGGUUGCCUAUCCUCCGCUGGCCCAGUCCACCGUGUACUCGGCCUUCCCCCAGACGGGCCAGACCUAUGGCCUCCCACCCUUUGGUGCUAUGUGGCCAGGCAUUAAAACAGAGACAGGGCUGCCUGAGGCGCCCUCUGGUGGCCAGCCUGGGUUUCUCAGCUUCAGCACCGCAUAUACCUCAACCCAGCCCGCCCAGCUGCACUACUCAUACCAAGGCUCCAGCUUCACAACAUCCAGUGUUUACUCCGGCAUCCCGUCGGCUACGGCCGCCACCACAACCUCCCUCACAGCGGCCCACCAGGAGUUCAGCAGCUACAACUCUCUGGGCCAGAACCAGUUCUCUCAGUACUACGCUCUGCCUCCCAGCUACAUCCCCGCCGGGCUGCCCGGCGGCGACGACCACGGCGCCGCCGCGGGACCCGGCGGGUACCCGGCUGUGAAGUCUGAGCAGGCGGCCUCAGCCGGUCUGCCUCCCAGAGAUGCGUCCCCGCCGGAGAACCUCCCGGCGGGCGCGGCUCUUCCCGCCAGCGUGGCGGCCCCCGCCGGCGCCAGAAAUCCGGACGAGGUCGGACGCAGGAACUCUGUGGGCAAAGCCAAAGGGAAGGGCAAGAGGUCCGACAGCUCCCCGCCCGCCGACGGCGACCUGGAGCGCAUUUUCCUCUGGGAUCUGGACGAGACGAUUAUUAUAUUCCACUCGCUGCUCACCGGCUCCUACGCGCAGAAGUUUGGCAAGGACGCGGCGACGGUGCUCAACCUGGGCCUGCAGAUGGAGGAGCUGAUCUUCGAGCUGGCCGACACUCACCUGUUCUUCAAUGACCUGGAGGAAUGUGAUCAAGUCCAUGUGGAGGACGUCGCCUCUGACGACAACGGGCAGGACCUGAGUACCUACAACUUCCUGGCGGACGGCUUCAGCGGCUCCAGUGGCGGGGGGGCCUCGGCCGGGGUCCAGGGCGGCGUGGAGUGGAUGCGGAAACUGGCCUUCCGCUACCGCCGGCUAAAAGAGAUCUACAGUAACUUUAAAGGGAAUGUCGGAGGCCUGCUGAGUCCCAUGAAGAGGGAGCUGCUCCUUCGGCUUCAGUCCGAGAUCGAGAACGUGACGGACGCCUGGCUCUGCACGGCGCUCAAGUCUCUGCUGCUCAUCCAGUCCAGGGGGAAGUGUAUGAACGUGCUGGUCACCACCACCCAGCUGGUCCCGGCUCUGGCCAAGGUGCUGCUCUACGGGCUGGGAGACGUGUUCCCCAUCGAGAACAUCUACAGCGCCACCAAGAUCGGGAAGGAGAGUUGCUUCGAGAGGAUCGUCUCUCGCUUCGGGAAGAAGGUGACGUACGUGGUGAUCGGGGACGGGCGGGACGAGGAGUUUGCGGCGAAACAGCACAACAUGCCCUUCUGGAGGAUCUCCACCCACGGGGACCUCGUGUCGCUGCACCAAGCGCUGGAGCUGGACUUCUUGUAAAGGAGGCGGCGCCGAGCGCCCCGCACCGAGAGGGAGGGACGGAAAACACGCCGGUCCUCGUCCCGCCGGACCCCCCCCCUCCCCUCCCAGAGAAACCUGCCGUCACUUGACGACUUGAGACUCUGCGUGGAUGUGACGGCACUGAGGUGGACUUCUGGUCUCCCCCCCCCCCCCCGCCCGGCGCUCCCUCCUCCACGGCAGCUAACCUCACCACGGAGGAAACUGGCACUGAUUUGGACACCUAAGGGAAAACAUCCAGAUUCUAUUCCUCCUCCUUUUGGUUACAUUGUCUUUUUUAUUAUUUUUCAGUAGCAUGACGUCCUUCAGUGAAAUCGAUCCCUCUUCAUUUGUCUUUCUCUUAUUUUAAACAACCGAAAGGUUCACGCUGUUCGUUGGCGUUCUCUUUCGUUGCCGACGUUUCUUUCGGCCGUCAGAAUAAUAUCAACGUCGAACACCGACGCCCCGUUCAACUCUCGAGGAGCUCGAGGGGUUAAAGACGUUAAACUCCUCAAAGAAAACCUACGAAUCAUUUCUGAGAUCACUUUGUUUUUGUUCUCCGAGCUCUCCUUUCACAGAGCAAUGCAUUGUGGGAGAGCAUCGUCCAGAACACGUCUUACGCUUCAGAACUCGGUUGACGAGCUCAUUCACGACCUUCAGAUCCCGCCAGGGGCGAACGACGAGGCCCGAGACACGAGGGAUCAGCCUCCCACCCGCUCACCCUCUCACCCUUUCUCCCUCGCACCCUUUCUCUCUCUCACUCUCUCACCCUCUCACUCUCCCACCCUCACACUCCCACCCUCUCACUCUCCCACCCUCUCACCCUUUUAUCCUUUUCGAGACACAAACUUUGAACGCGUCCGACCCCAGAGUCCCGUUGUCUCUCCAUCCGUCUACGCCAGGGGUGCUCAAUACGGCAUUAAAAAAUUGGCCCGCCCCCCUGUCACUUUCUCUAUAGCGCCACAUUACAGCAGAAGCAUGUCAUUUCUGUCUCUACGUGUCGCGUUAACAGUCCUCUGCCCGCCGUCUCGUGCGCCGCGGAGCUCCCGACACCGGUUUGCACGCAUUGGGACGGAGCAAAAAAAAAGUCACUAGCACCCCCCGUCAACAAUCCUUCUCGGCUCGCGCCUCAC